AAGAUGUCUUAUUUUUAUCUUAUUUAUCUGUUUGUAGAAUGAUUCCUCUGUUUACUGCACUCGUGUCGUUCAUUUCAAUGUGUUUCACGCUAAUUGUUGCAACCAUUUUGUGGUUAGAUUCUACAAUUAUGUUACUUAAUUAAAAUUUCUUUGUGAUUAUUCAGUGUUUUUAGUUCCUAUUUGGGAGUGAAAUGGAGUUGAACUUGUAUGAUAAAGAGCCCGUGGAAAAUGACGUGGUCAUCAGAAUUAAAGGGCUCAAGGUUUGGACGCCUGAGGAAAAGUCCUGGUGGAGACGGAAACCUACCAAGAGUAGGAGUGUUAUUCUUAAUAAUGUUUCAGGAUCAAUAAGACAAGGGGAAUUUGCUGCUAUUAUCGGACCAAGCGGUGCCGGAAAAACAACGUUCCUAGUAUCUUUGGCGGGAAAAUGUACGCUACCGUCAGAGGGUUCAGUGACCUUAUGGGCGCGAAAUGUUAAAGCGUGCGAGGGCGCCGUGGAGAUCGUACCUCAACAUGAAACCUUCAUGGACGGCCUCAGCGUCAUGGAGCAUUUGGUGUUUAUGACAGAAAUGAAAAUAGGCAGUUGUAAGGACUUACGGAACAAAGCAAGGCUGUAUGGUUUGGUGGAGGAGUUCAAGUUGAAGCCUCAUGUCAACACUCCUGUUGGUGGACUGUCAGGAGGUGAAAGGAGACUGCUUUCACUGGCCACCACGCUUCUAUCAGACCCUCAAAUCUUAAUCUGCGAUGAGCCCACAACUGGCCUUGACAGUUACAACGCACUCCUCGUGGUAGCCGUUCUGAAGAAGCUGUCGACCACCGGCAGGAUCGUCAUUUGUUCCGUGCACCAGCCCUCCUGUGACCUGUUUAAGGAGUUCAGCUCUGUGUUACUGAUGGCUGAGGGAAGACUGCUGUUCCAUGGGACCCAGGAUGAGUGUAGUAAUGCGUUUGAGAGCAUAGGCCUUCGGUGUCCGCUAAACUACAAUCCGGCAGAAUUCUACAUAAGAGCGGUGUCAAACUCCAACAUGAACGUUGAAAAACUGGUAGAAUUAUCCCAAAACCGGUUGGCAGUUGACGUAGACACCCCAUCACGACCCGAUUUGGUACAUAACUAUAAUAGACCCAUCCAAAGGAAUUGGUUUAAACAGGUUUAUUUAUUGUUAUGGAGGCUGUCUCUGUCACUGAAGAGAGAAAUAAAGAACCAACUAAUACAGCUGGUUAUAUCCGUGGUAGCGACAUCCCUAGUCCUCUGCGUAGCCUACGGAGGAGCGUCAGGUACCACCCAGCUGGGAGUCCAAGCGAUGCGCGGCUUCCUCUGGCUGAUCACCAGCGAGGUGUCCUUCGGGGUCUCCUACAGCGCCCUCUAUGCGUUCGAGUACGAAAUAUCCUUGUUCAAGAGAGAAGCCGGGGUUUAUAAGUGUUCGGCUUAUUUUGUGUCUAGGUUACUGAGUUUUGUGCCUCGCUGUAUAAUAUGGCCAAUCACGUUGGUCUCCAUUUCUACUUUAGCAGUAGAUCUUCCGAACUACAUUUUGACAGCUACGGAGUUCACCGUCCUUUUGAUUCUUAGCUCUGUACCUGCUGUUGCCUACGGUCUUGGCAUGGCAGCCCUCUUCACUUCCACGGGCAUCAUAGGCGACGUGAUGCCUUGCGUAGACCUGCCACUGCUGCUCAUGUCAGGAGCAUUCCUGAGGCUAUCAUCCUUACCACCUUGGAUCUAUCCUGUGAAGUACAUAUCGCACUUCUACUAUGCUAUGGAUUCGAUCAGCAAUAUUUAUUGGAGGCAGAUUGACUUUAUUGAUUGUCCAUCAAAUGAAACUUCAACUUGCAUAAAAGACGGCGCAGGAGUGCUCUUAGAAAAUGGUUACGUCAAUGAUUUCAUAUUCCAAGAUUCUAUAGGUUUUGCCUUCAUAACAAUGUUCUGGUGUCUAAUCGGGUACUUAGGAUUGAAGAGAGAAGAAAAGAAAGGCUAUGCUUAUUGAAAUAAGGUUUUAUUUAAAAUUAAAGUUAUAGUUACCA